AAGAGAGAGAAGGGCGGCGGCGGCGCGGAAGAGAUGGAGCGCUUGUCCGAUCGACCAGCGUUUGCGAGUGUUCUUGGCGAGGAUUCCAUCGGCGAGCGCGAUCCGUGGCUGGUAAGCUCGCAAGCCUUGCUAGAAAUCUUUCUAUCCUGCGAGCUAGGGUCUCACAGGGAUGCCUUGCAGCCGAUACCCCAGCGCUUCGUCCAGCUCUACGCGGAUGGAUUCGCCAAAGAGUGCCGGAUUCGCGGGCCGGAUGGCGCCGCCUGGGGCGUGACGCUGGGCGGGCCGAGCUUGAGCCGCAUUGGGAUGAGGGGAGGGUGGGAGACCUUCGCGCUGGCCUAUGGAUUGAAGGCUGGGGAUCUUCUUGUGGUGAGGCUCGUCCAAGAAUCGGUGUUCCAGGUGGAGAUCUUUGGUUCCAAGAGCCGGGUGAACAAGCUUCCAGGGAGAUUCAUGGCGAGCUUCUUCAAUGCGGGAUCCAGGGAAGCGCAAGAAAGAGAUGGGCAGUGUCUGGAAGCUACAGCCGUGGAGAAAGAUGGAACUGGCAGUGCAGAAGAUGGAAGAACUAGGCCCAGAAGUUCUUCCCAGAUUGCAAGACAAACACCACCACGAAGGCAACCAUCUCAAGAAGAAGAUGGAAGAACUAGGCGGAGAAGUUCUUCCCGGAUUGCUGCAAGCCAGACACCACCAAGGCAAGCAUCGCAUGAAGAAGAUGGAAGAACUACGCGGAGAAGUUCUUCCCGGAUUGCAAGCCAGACACCACCGCCAAGGCAACCAUCCCAUGAAGGAGAUGGAACAACUAGGCGGAGAAGUUCUUCCCGGAUUCCAAGCCAGGCGCCACCAUCCCGUGAAGAAGAUGGAAGAACUAGGUGGAGAAGUUCUUCCCGGAUUGCAAGCCAGACACCACCACCAUCGCGGCCACCACCACCAGCGAAAGCAUCCACGAGCAAAGCAGUGGUGGUUGCUAGCACCAGGACGAGGAAGAAGAACAGCGAAGAACAAUCGGAGGAGAAGCCUUUGUCACGGCGGCGAGCCGUGACUGAUGCCGAGCGCGAGAGAGCCCUGGAGCGAGCUCGGCAGUUCACGUCCACGAAUCCAUUCACCAUGAACAAGAUGAACAAAUCGCACGUCUACCGCGGCUUCUGGAUGGGAAUGAACCACCAGUUCGCGCGGCAGCACUUGCCAUCGCAGAUCUGUAGCAUUGUGCUCGUGGAUUCGAGCGGGGCGGAGUGGCCGGCAAGGUAUCUGCCCAGGCCGGGGAUCAGUGGCGGCUGGAAGAAGUUCGCGCUGGAUCACAGGCUCGAGGAGGGCGACGUGGUGAUCUUCGAGCGCGUGGAUCGCACCCAGUGUAAUCCAGUGAUUCGGGUUCACAUCUACAGGGUGGUGGAGGUCGAUGAUCUACCGCAGGAGGAGGAAGAGCAAGCGAGGAAGAGAAGGAAGUAUAGCGAUUCUUCCAGGGAAGAUCUUGGGCGCCGAGAGGACAAAGAACAAGGAAGAAGGAAGGGUGGACGUCCACGAUUGCGUCCCAGUUUGUAGGAGCCGAUCUACACCGUCGGUGUAACUUUAUAAAAGAGUUCUUUGAUUUC